AUGGUAGUAGAAACCGCAUACUACGACGCCCUCGGCGUACCGCCCACCGCAUCCGAACUGGAAAUCAAAAAAGCCUACCGCAAGCUUGCGAUCAAACUGCACCCGGAUAAGAACCCUGGAGAUGAGACGGCGCACGCAAAAUUCCAAGAAAUUGGUGAGGCAUAUCAAAUUCUCAGCGACGAGCAGCUGCGCGCAGCAUACGACAAACAUGGCAAAGAGGGUGCUAUGCCCAGUAGCGGGUUUGAGGACCCCUCCGAAUUCUUCACCAUGAUCUUUGGUGGAGAGGCUUUCGUAGACUGGAUCGGCGAAAUUUCCUUAAUGAAGGACCUUACCAAGACUAUGGAAAUCUCCCAGCGUGAGAUGGAGGCAGAGGCUGCCGCUCAGGCUGAGGCCGAGAGGGCAGAAGCCGGAAAGGCACCUACGGCCGAAGGGACUGCUGCUACUCCCCCGACUGCUGCCACAGACACAACAGGCCCAAGUGCUGCUACACCAGCCAAGGAGGCUGAAGCAGCAGCUGAGCACACAGGAACGCAGACGGCACAUGUACCACCUCCUCAUGUAGAAGCAGAAGCACCUCCGGCGCCCGCAGCCGGUGCAUCCACUUCUACGCAGCCCCCGCCGCUCCCACCCCGGACAAGCACACCACCAACACGAGGCAUUCCAAUCCGCGCGGCUAUCAUGGACAAGUCUGAUGAAGAGGUACGCAUGGAGGCAGAAGGCAUGACCGAUGCAGAGAAGGAGCUGCGGGAAAAGCAAAAGAAGAAGGCUGGUCUUACUAAAGAGCAGCGGGAAGAGCUUGCAGCAUACGAAAUGGAGCGAAAGAGGAUCCGUGAGGAACGCGUUAACAACCUUGCUAAGAAGCUUGUUGAGCGUAUCUCAUUAUGGACCGAGACGGACAAGGCUACCGACGUAACUGCUGCUUUCAAGGAAAAGAUUCAUCUAGAGAUUGAGAAUCUCAAGAUGGAGUCGUUUGGUAUUGAAAUCCUCCACGCCAUUGGAACCACCUACAUCAUGAAGGCAUCUUCAUUCCUCAAGUCUCAAAAAUUCCUCGGCAUCUCAGGCUUCUUCUCCCGCAUCAAGGACAAGGGCACUCUUGUCAAAGACACCUGGUCGACCAUGUCUGCUGCGAUAGAUGCGCAGUUGACUAUGGAAGAAAUGGCGAAGCUGGAAGAGCAAGGUGGUGAGGCAUGGACAGAUGAGAAGAAGGCCGAGUACGAGAAGAAGGUCACUGGCAAGAUUCUUGCCGCUGCAUGGAGAGGUAGCAAGUUUGAGAUUCAGAGCGUGCUGCGCGAUGUGUGUGACGCCGUACUCAACGACAAGAAGAUUAAGCUCGAGAAGCGCAUCGAGCGGGCCCAUGCUCUCAUGAUUAUCGGAGAGAUGUUCCAGAAGGCUGAGCGCGACCCCGAAGAAGAGGGCGACUUCAUGGCGUUUGAGCAGCUCAUGGCUGAGGCGGCAGCGAAGAAGGAUGCAAAGGACGAGAAGCACGGAAAGCAUCAUCAUCAUGAUAAGAAGGAGAAGAAGAAGGAAAAGGCAUAG